AUGAGAGUGGCCACGAUCCUCGGCACCGGCGAGCUGGGAAGGGCUUGCGCUUGUGCUCUGGCGGCCAACCGCAGUGUGGACUCCGUCACUCUUCUGACGCGGGACGUGGCGAUGGCGGCACCGGACGUGGCGACCGAGACGUCGUCGUUGACUCACCGCAGCGAUCUAGGGAGCUUUUCAGUUGUAGGGGGCAGCUCUACAGGUGCCUCUUUGUCAUACGCUGCCCCGCCAAACACUGCCGCGACUCUGUGGCCGUCUGUUGUUCACCUGCAGGACUUGAAGCACUUCCACAGCGACGCCGCAUCCGCUACAAACCGCACGUGGGUGCAGCACCCUCUUCUCCUGUGCACUCCCUCUGUCUCGUACCUCUCUGGACGUGAUGCAUGGGCGCGCGCCACCUUCGGGAGCGAGCACUGCCCGGCGACCCACGAUGUGCUCACCCAGUGGCGCUCCUCGUCAACGGCGGCGGCGUCGCUGCAAUCAGAAUCAGCACCUUCCACUAGGUUUGUUGUUGUGUUCACACGAGGCUUUGCAGCUGACGGCGCAGCGCCGGCAGAGCUUGCUGAGACGCUUCUCAACGGUUCCCUCGCAGGGCACGCCAGCUCAGCGGCAUCAUGUUCAGGGUCAGAGCGAGAAACACCAGUGCUAGUAGCGUCGGGUCCGCUUCUGGCGAAGGAGUGGGCCCUGCAGUCCACGCCGUUGGCAUCGAACGAGACAUCUGCGACUCUUUCUUCGCUCAUUCCGUCCCGACCCCCAAGCGCACUGUCGACGACCGCCGCUGCAGACGAUGAUGUCAGCGAAAGCGGAGGAAAGACAGCGGCUUCGUCGACGGCGGGCAGGCGGCUGCCUCAUGCAUUUUCAGGUGUGGCGCUCACGUUCGCCGCAUGGACACCGUCAGUCGCCAAUGACAUCGGCCGGCAAGAGGCUCUGGCCGAGCAGCUUCGACUCUUCUUCCCCCGCGAGUCUGUUACCUACUUGACCGCCCCCGACGCAGCCGCCAUUUUGGCCAUUGUUAAUGGCUGUGUGCCGCUCUGCUCUUUCGGAGCUGGCUUGGUGAGUAGUGUCUACACUGGCACGAGCGUGACGUCCUUAGCGGCGUACGCCCAGCACGCCGUCGCGGCCACGGAGCAGCUGGUGAACAAACUCUUGGGCCGUGCAACGGGCACACCGCUGCCGCUGCCAGCCGUGUCUACGCUCUGGUGUGCCUGCACGUCUCUUGUAUCGCGCGAAUUUGCUCUCGGCCGCAAGUUGGACUUCUACUUCCGCAAGCAGGAUGCUGUUGAAGCCAUCUUCCGUGGCCACGUGCACCACCUCUUCGCCGCGACAGUCGACGGACUACACGAGCGCAUGCAGGCGAAUAGCGUCACCAGUCCUUUCUACGAGGUGCUCAUGGACACGUACAACACUAUGAUCCGCGCAUCACAGACAGGGGAGGGGCUGGUAAAGGAGGGCUACUAUGGCUAUCGUGAGGCCCUCGAUGAGGACAGCAGUGAACUGCUACGGCACGUAACGCAUGUGGAUAAAGCGAUGCUGUCAGGCGACGAGGCGCAGUUCACGGCAGCCAAAGAGCGCAUAAUGCAGGCAUUCGCCAGCUCAGCCUUUUGA